CUGAGAUGAGACGAAGCUUCAAGCUUAUGGUCGCGAAGGGCCCGCGGUAGCUAGGAUCCACAGGGUCUCUCGCUCUCUUCCCAGCCAUGGCCAUCGCCUCCGCCCAUGCUCCCGUCCGAAUUUUCUCGCGUCUCUCUUAUUCCCCUUCGCCACCUACCAGGACACCGAACACGGAGCAUCUCCUAUUUUGCCGCACAACCCACUUAAGAACUCAGAACCGGCGCAGCCCCCGUCAGAAAGCCAAGCACCGGCCUUCGGACACCUUCCAACCUCUCCUCAGCUCGGUCUCACGCCUCCUGGAUCGAAUUAGAGGCGACGAUAUCAAUUUGGAGAUACUGGGCAUUGCAGUUCCGGCUAUGUUGGCCCUUGCUGCUGACCCCAUUGCAUUGCUUGUGGACACCGCCUUCGUAGGACAUUUGGGGUCAGCUGAGCUAGCAGCAAUUGGUGUCUCAGUCUCGGUUUUCAAUCUGGUAUCGAAGUUGUUUAACAUUCCUUUGCUCAAUGUGACUACGUCCUUUGUUGCUGCUCAGCAGGCUCUUGAGCCUCGUCCUGGGGACAAAGAUUUUGCUGGUGGAAUAGAAUCUUUGCAACUCAAGCCCAACGGUGAAGUUGAUGGAGAAAGCAGGAAGUCUCUUCCAUCAGUAUCGACUUCUUUGGCUUUGGCUGCUGCAGUUGGGAUUUUGGAAUCAAUCGGUCUAAUUUUUGGCUUGAGAACGCUGAUGGAUUUCAUGGGUAUAGCUGUUGAUUCACCUAUGCGACUACCUGCAGAACAAUUUCUUACCCUACGAGCAUUUGGUGCUCCUGCAAUUGUAUUGACACUUGCUGCACAAGGAACAUUUCGUGGCUUUAAGGAUACAAAAACACCACUAUAUGCUGUCUGUGCUGGAAACUUGCUAAAUGCAAUCCUUGAUCCCAUUUUGAUUUUUCUACUUGGUCUAGGCAUAGGUGGUGCUGCUAUAGCUACAGUUACAUCUGAGUAUUUGAUAGCUGGUAUUCUCCUCUGGAAGCUGAAUGAGAAAGUUAUACUAUCUGCAAAUAUAAAUGGGGAAGGAAUGAGUCAAUAUCUGAAAUCUGUUGGCCUCUUAGUUGGAAGAACCAUUGCAGUGCUCAUAACCAUGACAAUUUCAACUUCGCUGGCAGCACAAGAAGGUCCAGUUCCCAUGGCUGGUCACCAGAUAUGCCUGCAAGUUUGGUUGGCGGUAUCUUUGCUUAAUGAUGCUUUAGCACUUGCUGGUCAGGCUCUGCUUGCAAGUGAAUAUACCGUGAAGAACUAUAAACAAGCUCGUAUAAUAGUGUACAGGGUUCUACAGAUUGGAACCACAACUGGCAUUGCACUGAGUGUGUUAUUGUUCUUUGGAUUCGAGCCAUUCUCAACUCUAUUCACCACCGAUUUUGCUGUUCUCCAAAUUGCCAGAUCUGGUGUUCUGUUCGUGACCAUAUCUCAACCAAUCAACGCCCUUGCUUUUGUGAUUGACGGGCUCUACUAUGGCGUUUCAGACUUUUCAUAUGCUGCAUAUUCAAUGGUGUUCAUAGGGUUAAUCUCAUCUGCGUUCCUUCUCGUGGUUUCUCCUGUAUUUGGACUUGCUGGAGUGUGGGCUGGCUUGGUUCUCUUUAUGAGUCUAAGAGCCAUUGCUGGAAUUUGGAGAUUACAAACCAGAGGUGGCCCGUGGAAAAUAUUAUGGUCAGAUACUGAGAUAGGAUCCAUAAAAGAGUCAUGAAAUAAACUAUCAACAAUCUUGACGGUAACUAACUACGCACACCGAAUGGACUAUGAAACCAGCAUCACUGGACAAGGAUGAUUGUGAAAGACUUAAACUUGCAGAUGCUCGAAAGUUUCAGUAAGUUUAACAACUCUAACCUGACAUCCUAACAAUUGCGGUCAUCGGGCAAAUCAUUUCAAAAAAGGCAUGGAGAAGUUCAACCCUGUUUGCAUCAUAAUUCAUACACUGGGUUCUAUUCUGAUAUAAUACUCGAUAACUAACACAGCUUCUGGUCGCCAGAGCUCACAGUGAAGGAAAACUAUCUGUUGCCUUCUGCCGCUGCUGUUAUUACAGAAUACUUCAACGCUAUUCAACAUGAACUAGAAUCCAUUUUGUUCCAAGAUUGUUUUUUUCAAGUGAAUGAUCUCUUAUUUUGUUGUCUGCAUUUUCAGAAAAGUUGAUCAUUGUAUUAGUUCUUUUUCUACGAGCUUGCAAGCUCUUUGUUCAUCCACUGUUAUGUUUCCCAUUAUAGUAAAAGAGGGAAUUUCUCA